AUGUCCAAACCUCUCAAAAUCGCCGUCAUCCCAGGUGAUGGCAUCGGCAAAGAAGUCAUGCCCUGGGGCGUCAAGUGUCUCGAAGCCGCAGCCCAAAAACACAACAUCUCCCUAUCUUUCCAAGAAUUCGACUUUGCCAGCUGCGAUUACUACGAAAAACACGGCAAAAUGAUGCCAGAUGACUGGAAAGACAUUCUCAAGCCUUUUGACGCUAUUUAUUUUGGCGCAGUCGGCAUGCCGGACCAAGUCCCCGAUAACGUUUCCCUCUGGGGAAGUCUUCUUAAGUUUCGGCGCGAGUUCGAUCAGUAUAUCAAUCUUAGACCAUGUCGUCUACUACCUGGUAUUCCUUCGCCUUUGGCGGGUAGGAAGCCGGGUGAGAUUGACUUUUGGAUCGUGAGAGAGAAUACGGAGGGGGAGUACUCUAGUGUUGGGGGUAUUAUGUUUGAAGGCACGGAACGAGAGACUGUUAUUCAGGAUACAGUUAUGACGCGUGUGGGCGUCGAUCGUGUUCUGAAAUAUGCCUUCGACCUUGCGCAGAGUCGACCGAGGAAGAAGUUGACCAGUGCUACAAAGAGCAAUGGCAUCAGCAUCACUAUGCCAUGGUGGGAUACCCGUGUCGCAGAAAUGAGCAAGAACUACAGCGACGUCGCUGUCGAAAAAUAUCACAUCGAUAUCCUGACAGCACACUUUGUUCAACGACCUCAGAUCUUCGACGUAGUCGUAGGCUCCAACCUCUUCGGCGACAUCCUCUCAGACCUGGGUCCCGCCUGCACCGGCACAAUCGGCGUCGCACCAUCAGCAAACAUCAACCCAACAGCUACCUUCCCAAGUUUAUUUGAACCAGUACAUGGAAGCGCGCCUGAUAUUUACGGCAAGGGAAUUGCGAAUCCCGUGGGAAUGAUUUGGGCUGGUCAAAUGAUGCUGGAGCACUUUGGAUACAAGGAGGCAGCUGAUGGGAUGAUGGGGGCUAUUGAACGUGUGCUCGGACGGGCGGAGAGUGAUGUUAUGACAGCUGAUGUUGGAGGGAAGGGAAAUACGAAGACUUUGGGCGAGGCUGUCGAGAAGGAGAUUCUUUCUGGAUAG